UACAAAACAAUGGCCGACUCCGAGAAUCCCACUCCUGUCGAACAGACCCCCGUGGCUGACGACGUCGACAUGGGCGAGGGUGCCGCUGAGGCUGGCGCGGGCGAAGACACUGGUCUGACUGGCAUCGAGCCUGACACCCCGAAGCUUGUCCUGUUUUCCGACCUGGUCAAGAGUCCUAUUGUAGAAGUCGUAGUAGGAUCCGGCGAUGCGCGAACUACCUAUUCCGCCCACGAGGCCGUUCUAGUUCAGGCGCCUGUGUUCAAGGCCCAAGUGGAAACUUUUGCAGCAGGCUCGCCCCGCCGAAUCGUCAUGGCCGACGUUGAUGUCGAUGCCAUGGGCUCCGUCAUCGAAUACCUCUACACGGGAGAAUAUUUCCCCAAGAAGACGACCUCGUCGCGCGACGCCCCUCUCGAGAAAGACCCGCGCCUUCCAUCCCCCGAUGAUGACGGUCUUGGUCUCCUUGUCCACGCGCGCAUCUACACCCUCGCGGAGCGCCUCCAGCUGCCUACUCUCAAAUCGCUUGCGCACUCCAAAAUCCACCGCACCGCAUCUACAGCCAAGGGCGAGCUCGCGUAUGCUCGAUAUGUCUACAGGGAGUCGGACCCCGAGGAUGCUACAAUCCGCAAGCCCGUCGCUGCUUUCUGGGCCACCCGCUCCUUCAGCCUUCGCCACGAAGCCGAGCCAGAGUUCCGUACCAUGUGUCUCGAAUUCCCUCAAUUCUCAUAUGACGUGCUGCAGCUUGUGCUGGACCAGCAGGAGAAGGGUCAGCGUCGUGGCGGCGGCGGCGAUGGUGAGACGAGCACUCGCGGCCCUGCCGUGAUUCCGGGCAGCUCCAGGAAGAGGGCUAGGGUCAGCCAGGUCUAA